UCAGAUUUUGCCCUCUCCAGACUUCAAUCUAACGCCAUUAUCAUUUCUUGAAUGUUAUUCAUUUGCCAGAAUUGCAUCACAGCCACAACGAUCUUACCUCUCCUCGAUUUUUCUGGACCGCAGUUCUACAAAUUCCAGCUACUAUGUCCAUGGCCAUCUUCUGAAUGGAGGAGGUUAUUGACUUUCCUUUGGCUGCUUGAAUUGUCAAGGAAAUGGCAUUGUGUACAGUGGAGAAGAUUUAAAGCUGGUUAAGGAAAAGGAAAAAAAGUGAACAAUGGGAGCUAGAAUGAGUAUGAACAAUCAAAGCUGUAACGAGUUCUUUGAUGCUUCCCAAAGUGAGGCCAGGAAGAGACAGAGGACAUCUUCCUCGAGUUUAUGGGACGAGACCGCCAGACUGAUUCCCUACCUUCCAGAUGAAAUUUCGAUUCAGAUCCUCGCGAGGCUCCCGAGAAUCUGUCAUUUCAAUGCAAAAUUGGUGUCAAGAACCUGGAGAGCUGCUCUGACAAGCAAAGAAGUUUAUCAAGUGAGGAAAGAGCUCGGCAAGACAGAGGCUUGGCUUUACGUUCUAACUAAGCUCAGCGGUGAAAAGCUUGUCUGGCAUGCAUUGGAUCCUGUAAACGGCGCGUGGCUACAGCUGCCUCCAAUGCCGAGCAUUGAUGGAUUCAGAAGGGGCCUCCGGCUCUGGAACAUGGUCGGUUCGAGCAUCAUUGGGGACACCUUAAGAAGCUGGAUCAGGAGGAGAGAUGCAUCGGAUAACAUUCCAUAUUGUGGUUGUGCUAUAGGGGCUGUCGACGGCUGCCUCUAUGUCGUUGGAGGGUUUUUCCGGGCUUCAGCCAUGAAAUCUGUGUGGCGAUUUGAUCCAAUUCUGAAUUCUUGGAGCGAAGUGGCUCCAAUGUCCGUUGGCAGAGGCUAUUGUAAGAUUGGUGUAUUGAACAACAAGCUUUAUGUCGUCGGGGGCGUUACUUGGGACCCUGUGGGGCUGACUCCCCUGCAAUCUGCAGAGAUGUACGAUCCCUGUACAGACACAUGGACGAAGCUACCCAGCAUGCCGUUUCUUAAAGCCCAGGUUUUGCCCACGGGAUUUCUAUCCGACCUGUUGAAGCCCAUGGCAACGGGAUUGACGUCGUAUGCCGGAAAACUGUAUGUUCCUCAGAGUCUUUAUUGCUGGCCCUUCUUCGUCGAUGUUGGAGGCGAGGUCUUCGAUCCCGUUAUGAACACGUGGAACGAAAUGCCUGAUGGCAUGGCAGAGGGUUGGCCUGCGAGGCAGGCGGGAACUAAAUUAAGCGUAGUUGUUGAUGAGGCCUUGUAUGCGUUGGAUCCGUCGGGAUCUCCAGAUAGGGUAAGGAUUAAAGUGUACGAUAAUGGAGAAGAUGCGUGGAAAACGGUUGGUGUAGAUGUGCCUAUGCGCGACAUUGGGGAUUCGGAUUCUCCGUAUUUACUUACCGAUUGUUUUGGAAAGCUACAUGUUAUUGCUAAAGAUGUGAACCGUAAUAUUGUGGUCGUUCAGGCGGAUUGGCGAAAUCAAUACGGCUCUGGUCCAUCCACCUCGUCCGGUUCUUUCGGUGAUCACUUAGUGAAUGGUUUGGCGUCAUCGGAAGAGGUUUGGAAGGUCAUUGCGACAAAGAAUAUUGGAUCUUCCGAACUCGUUAGCUGCCAGAUCCUGGAAAUCUGAAGAUCGGUGAGAUGUGUUUUUAGUCGGCUGUAUAUAUUAAUGUUUUCGAAUUGAUAGGUUAUCUACGUCGUUGCGCUGCAGCAAACAAAUGCACGGUAAAUGUUCUGUCGAUUACGCAUAUGGGAUUAUAUAAUAUUGUACAUAAGCUUUGAUGAUGCCCUCCCUAUGUCCGAAGGCAGAAAUUCUUACAACGAGACGUCAUUGGCAACCUUCAGGUUUGGUUUUUA